CUUUCAUACACUACACCUCGACCUCCACCACCACCACCCUACUGUGACAUUGACAUUGGAGAACAUUUCUAUUCAUUCUUCCGCCGCUCUCUCUCUCCCAUCCGCAUUCUUUCGACGAGCAUGCUUUGUUAUUGAACGUUGAGCCCCCGUCGCACCAUCACUAUCAUCGAAAUCUCAGUCCAAAAACCCCUACAUCGAUACUCAACCCACCACUACCCAACGGAAGCUGCGACCUUGAAGCACACGUACUAGGUCCCCAACCACAAGAUGACUCCUGCCGUGAAGUAUGGGCAGAUCAUUGAGUAUAUUCCAGGUAAGCCGGCCCCAAUUAUGCCAACCCCACACAACCACAUCCUUUCUUGCACAUCGAGUAUUUUUCCCCGGGACAGUAUCAUUACGCAUUGUUAUACCCAGCUCUAUAUCAUCGUGCGUGGCAAUGGACUACCGGGCCAUGUUCGAGUGGGCAUCGCGAGUUUCCAGCUCUGAGGAUGAAGUCGCCGCAAAACAACAUGAAUCACAACAAUGCCUCACAAUAAUAAACAAUGCCCCGUUCCAAUGGCUAAUGUAUACAGACCGAUUGUAUCUAGCUUCAUACACGACCCCCCCAACCGAAGACACUCUUUUCCCAUACCCCGAUCGCCAACCUUCCCGCAGGUCUCCCAGCAAACGCUCAGCCAGGGCAGCAGAUGGACCUUCUGCGGUGUCAGACCGAGAUCGUACUCCACCAUACUAUUUCUCCAUUGACGAUUCCUUGUUAUACAAUGCAUUCCAUCACGAUUUCGGACCAUUGCACAUCGGCCACCUGUACAGAUUUGCCGUUCAAUUCCAUGACAUUCUUGGUGCCCCCGAAAAUAAAGAUAAACCCGUUGUAUUCUGGAGUAAAGCAGAUGCGCGAAGUGAGUUUUCAAUGGGAACAAAAAUGCUUAAUUGGAAGACUAACAAGCGUUUCAAGGUCGAGCAAACGCUGCCUGUAUUCUUGCCUCGUACAUGGUCCUAAUCCAAGCAUGGGCACCACAUCUCGCACUCGCCCCAAUCGCACAAGCCGACCCUCCACUCAUGCCUUUCCGCGAUGCAGGAUAUAGCCAGGCAGAUUAUGGGAUUACAGUUCAGGAUGUAGUAUAUGGUGUAUGGCGUGCAAAGGAACAGGGCUUCUGUGCUUUGCCCACAUUUGAUCUUGAAGAGUACGAACGUUAUGAGCGUGUAGACCAAGGUGACUUCAACUGGUUGACUCCGGACUUUCUCGCCUUCGCAUCUCCUCAGCACACUCCUGUGGCACCGAUAUCGCCCUCGUCCCCCCUUUAUGCCACUUUACCAUCAACCAUUGAAGCUGUUGAUGCACACCCAACUCUUCCUUCUCCAUUCAAAAACGUACUGAAACACUUCGCUCAGAGGGACAUCGGGCUAGUGGUUCGUCUCAACUCCGAGCUCUAUUCCCCGUCAUUUUUUACGGCACUCGGAAUUGAGCACUUGGAUAUGAUAUUCGAUGACGGCACUUGCCCAAACCUGUCCGUGGUUCGCAAAUUCAUCAGACUGGCUCAUGAGAUGAUCACAGUCAAGAAAAAGGGGAUUGCAGUUCAUUGCAAGGCUGGUCUCGGCCGCACUGGCUGCUUGAUUGGAGCUUACCUCAUUUAUCGUUAUGGGUUCACGGCCAACGAGAUCAUUGCCUACAUGCGUUUCAUGAGGCCUGGGAUGGUAGUUGGGCCUCAACAGCACUGGCUGCAUCUUAAUCAGGGGACUUUCCGUCAAUGGUGGAUUGAAGAGCAAUUUGAAAUCAAGAUGAAGGAAAAGAUGGCCGCCAUGGCACCAACCACACCAACCAGAGUUGGCUCCAAGCCAUACUUGGUGAAUAAUCAGAUCGCGACACCGCCAAAUGCUAACAGAAGAUCGCCUCUCGGAGAGGUAGACAAUGAACAACGCCACGCCAUUGGGGUCCAGGAAGACUGCCUACCAGCUCCAACACCUGGCCAGCCACGAAAAACGAGUAGAGCUGUUGACCGUCAUCAUCCAUACAACCGGAAUGUCUCGGCCUAUACCUCUGCUGAUGAUGAGCAAGUGAUUCAAAGGGAAACUGAGGUCAUCUCAAUUCACCGAUCGUCACUAGACAACGCAGAUGCCGAGGACGAAAUUCGCAUGCGAACGAAGACUAGCCGCAAGUCGUCACGAUCGCCAGGCAGAAGCGAACACAGAUCCAUCAGUCACACCACCACGACCAUCUACUCAGUCGAUGACAGUAGCAACGACAUCGAAAACAUCGGUUCGACGAGCCGUUCAAAGACUCCAGCAGCCCUGAAAUCUGGUAGUGGUUCUAGUACCAUGAGCAAAGUCCGUGGAAGCCCAAAGCGAACAGGUGACAGCUUGAGAGAAAAGACAAGUGCCGGCGUUCGAAAGACCAGUGGAAGAGUUGGCAGUGUAACAGUCUCCGCCGCCCGCAAGGUCUCCGGUCUGUAAAUAUUAUGCUAUUGCUAUUGUGGUUGCAUCAAAAAGAACUCGGCGUCUGAGGAUGAAGCAUAUGAAUUUUUCGGCUCUAUUUGCAAAGGGAAAGGGACGGGGCACGGCGUUUUGUUUGUGUAUUUGUUGAGUAUUAUGCGUCUUGAUGAGUUUUCGAUUCUUGCCUUGCUCCUUUUGCUUCAGUCACGUUGGAUUGGAGUAUUGGCUCGCGUUCGUGUGGAUAUUGAUUGAUGGGGAUUUGCUCUUUUGAAUUGGGUCGGUUGGGAGUCUGUUAUUUUUAAUUUUGUUUUUUCAUGAGUGAUGAGCAAGGCAUUGCAUACGAACAAAUAGAGAUUAAAGACUCUGGAAAACAUAAAAAUUUCAAAAGAAAUACUUCUUGGUGUAA